AGUACACAGAAAUUUGUUACUUGCUUACUGCUAAUAUUUAUAAAAGCACUGCUAUAGACGAAUGUCACCAAAGCGCAACUUAAUUUGCAGUUUCCUUUAUCAUUAGUGAAAGACAAUGCGGUUUACUGUGCUAAUUUUCUAACCUACAGGCUAAAUAAGCGAUUCCUCAAAAUUAACAAAAAUGGGAAAGUCGUAUUUGUUUGCGUUGGAUGCCAGCAUGUUUGCACUUCAGGUCUCAGUUAUGUUUGCGAUACGCAAGUCUUGUCAAAAGUGAUAUUAUGCACAACUAUUUGAACCACGAUGUGGUGCCGGGAGUACUGAAGGAAGUUCCACCAAACUCUUUAGAAAUCAGCUAUCCCAGUUCCGGUGUCGUGGUGUCUUAUGGAAAUGAACUCACUCCGUUUCAAGUAAAGGACACGCCAGUGGUGGUUUGGAAAACUGAGCCUCACGCAUUCUAUGCCCUCGUGAUGAUUGAUCCAGAUGUCCCAACAAAAGAAAACAACUCGAUGGGGGCCGUUAACCAUUGGACAGUGGUCAAUAUACCAGGAAUCAACGUUACCGCCGGAGAAACCUUGAUGGAGUAUCGAGGCAGCAGGCCUCCAAGAAAGGAAUCCGGUAUCCACCGAUACAUCACAGUGGUGUACAAACAGCAUUCGAAUAUGCCAUUAGUUCAACGUCAGCAUUUAGCUAGACCCCGUUAUAAAUUUUCACUACAUGAAUUUGCAACAGAAUUCAAUUUAAACAAACCAUUGGCCGGUAACUUCUACCUAGCCCAGUAUGAUGACUAUGUCGGUUCGUUACGUUCAACAACUCCGGCAAGUUCCAUUGCAAAAUAAAACUGAAACUACCUAUGUGUAUGUUUGCUUAUAACAGUAUCUCUUUUAAAACCAGUGUACGUAUUACUGUUUGUGAUUACAGAAAUGUAUUAAAUCAUCCAGUGUUG